GACGUAGGCGCAUGUGAUCAGGUGGCCGGUCAGCUGACACCAGCAGAAACAGGAAGCGACUGUAGAGUUAAAAUAUUAAAUGUUUAUAUAUGCUCACCGAGUGCUGGUAUUUAUUUAUUUUUAUUCUAAGUGAAUCCGAGUGGUGUGUAAAUCACGGGACAUGUUUGCAGCGGACGAUGAGGAUGGAGAUUUCUUGUCUCCCAGUGGAGGGGCAAAGUUAGCUUCUCUCUUUGGAAUGGACCAGGCAGCAACAAAGGGCAACGAGUCGUUCCAGUAUACAGCACCAAAACAGCCCAAACCCAACUCAGGAGCUCCAACCCAAAAGCCAAGCCCUCCUUCCAGCUCUCCUGCUGUUCUCUUUGCUACUCCCGUGCAUUCAUACAGAUAUGUUAAUGGACAAUAUGUGAAACAAGGGAAGAUUGGAGCUGCAGUCCUUGGAAAUCAUACAACUAAAGAGUACAAGAUUCUGCUGUAUGUCAGUCAACAGAAGCCGGUGAUGGCAGCCAGAAUCCACCCCGGCUUCAUCCUCACUGUCCAGCCCAGUAACUACUGCACAUUUUAUGAUGACCAGAGACAGAAUUGGUCGGUGAUGUUUGAAUCGGAGAAAGCUGCCACAGACUUUUGUAAAGAGGUUUGUCUUGCAAAAGUGAACUGUGCGGGUCCGUUAGACUCUGUCCUGAUCCAGGAUCUUCAGCUUGGUGAUGGGCAAGCUGUGGAGAAUGGAGACUCUUUAGAAGUUGCCUACACUGGCUGGCUACUUCAAAACCAAACCAUCGGAACGAUGUUUGACUCUAAUCUAAAUAAAGACAAGCUGCUGAGACUGAAACUUGGGGCUGGUAAGGUCAUAAAGGGCUGGGAGGAGGGAAUGUUGAAUAUGCGUAAAGGCGGAAGGCGGAUCAUGGUGAUUCCACCCAGCCUUGCAUACGGGUCACAGGGCAUUCCCAACCGAGUCCCACCAGACAGCACGCUGGUUUUUGAAGUAGAAAUCCGUCGGGUUAAGUUUGCUAAAGACGGAAGUUUAAGAGAUUCAGCGGCGCCCUCUCCUGCACCCAGUGUCGAGAGUUUGGGGAGCUCGGAGCUCAACCAGCCACUUCCCUGUAGCACGGCACCACCAACCAGCAAGCCUAGUGAACCACCUCUUCGUGCAAAAUCCAACUCUCUAAAUGAACAGCUGAGUAAUCCUGAUGCCUCUAAAGCUAAGCUGAUUUCACGUAUAGCCAAAAUGGGUCAACCAAUGUUGCCUUUCAUCACCAACUCAGCCUCACAUCCUGACUCAAGUGACUCAGAACUUGAGGAUCCGAGUCUGUCCAGACCGAAGGAUCGAAGCAGUGCGGCAUCACCUCAGCCUGUACACAUCUCAUCUGCCUCCCCGCUUUCAGUGCAUGGCUCGGCCAUUUUGCCUUUUACCAUGGCAACAGCCAAUCCACAGCCCAUGAUGCCCGGAACAGUCCAUGCCUUUCAGCCCGUCAGCCAGAUGUACCCAACACACACGGUACCAUAUCAAGGAAGUAGUGAUGUUACAUCCUUUUUAAUGACCGAGGCGCGACAACACAACACUGAAAUCCGAUUGGCCGUUGGGAAAGUGGGGGACAAACUGGACCAGUUGUCCUCUAAGAUUGAUGACAUGCAUAAGCAAGGCGGCAUUUCAUUGGGUUUCUCUAACGUAUCCAUGGAAACAGCCAUGAUUAUGCAUAACAUUCAGAGAAUCAUACAGGAGAACGAGUGUCUGAAGAAAGAGGUGUUCGAGAAAAGUUCAAGGAUUGAGGAGCAGAACCGCAAGAUAGGCGAGCUCAUCAAUCAGAACCAAAGGUACAUGGAGCAGAGUAACCUGCUGAUGGAGCAGAGAAAUGACACAUUGAAAAACAGCAGUGAACAAACUCAGGCCCGAAUACUGCAGGCAGAACAAGACAAGCAUGCACUGCCACAGGAAUCAGGCUGGGAUCAGGUGCGGUUAAGCGAGGAGUUGGCUUCAUCCACAGCACGUGUGUCCGAGCUGCAGCUGGAGUUGAGUUCCCAGCAACAAAAGGCUGCGGUUCUGCAAACCAAGCUGAAUUCAGCCCUGCAGGACAGCCAGCAACACAGUACACAGAUCACAACUCUAGAGGCACAGCUACAGGAGCUUAAAGAAACAGCAGAAAGAGUGCAAAGCCAAUACAAGACGGAGAAGCAGAAACGGAAAGAAACCGAGCUCAAACUCAACGGUUUGGAAGAAGAGCUACAGGACAUGAAGACAGAGAAGGACAGUUUAGAAAGAACUCUAUCUGAUAGGAAGAGAAAGUGGCAGGCCGAGAGACAGCGCUGUGAUGAAGAACUAGAAGAGGUGAGGAGGGUGAGCCAGCAUGAGAUGGACAACCUCAGGAACCAAUUACGUAAAGCCAGAACCUGUACUGACCACGCUGCAGCUGAACAGAUGGCUCAGAUGCAGGCCGAGCUGGAGCAGGAGUGGCAGAUGAAGUGUGAUCAGACUUUGGCAACAGCACGUGAACAACAGAGGAGAGAAAUAACUGAACUGACAGAGCACAGAGACACACUGCAGGUCAAACUUACACAACUACAGGAGAAGUUUAACACACUCAAACAGUCACGUGAAUCAGAGCAGCAUCAGGACCAGGGAGAAGAGUUACAGGCCUUGAGAGAGAAGUGUUCUGUAUUAGAACAGAGAGCAGCGUUUCUGAGGCAGCAGGGUGAGGCUCGAGUUUCUCAACUUGAAAGUAAACUGGCAGAGCGGCGACCGCAGAUGGACACAACAGAAGAGGUGAAGCGAGUGAUGAACGGUGUUUUCCAGUCUCUGAGAAGUGAAUUUGAUCUGAAUGAAACCUACACAGGAAGUGUUGUACUCCGAGUGCUGGUCAGCACUAUCAAGAAUGUCACACUGCAGCUCCUUUCUGGCAAUGAGAGAUCUUCAUCCGAACACAGUGACAAAGAAGAAGAUAAGGAGAUGGAGGAGGAGACUGAGGCUCAGCCUGGGCAAAAGGUGCAUAUAAACGGCAGGAAUGAGGAAGAGGAGAAGAGCCGAGAUUCUGCAGGACAGGAUGAAGAUUUACAGCCACAAACUGAGGAAAAGGCAACAGAAGAAGAAACGAAAGAAAUCGAAGGAGAAGACGAGAGUGAACGGGAAGUUGUCAAGGAAGAAGGUACAGAGGAAAUUGUAGAAGAGAAGGAAGUGAAGGUUAAUGUUAGCACAGAAGGGAACUUGUCAGAUCAGACCGUGUCAGAGUCCGACAUUCAAAGUGCUACACAUGAGACCCCACAACAGGAACACACUGAAAAUGACAUCACAUCCGAACAGGAAGUGACCACAGAACCACCAGAGGACAUCACUACUACACAGGAAGUAAAGGUAAUUGAUGAGCCUUUAGUUGAACCAGAAACGUCACCAUGCGGACCUCCUAAAAAUCCACCACCUCCACCCCCUAACGCUCCACAAGAUGACUCUACUAAUACAUCUGCACAGCUCUCCAGUUCACCUGAGAGGGUACAAGAGGAAAAUGGCGAGGAACCAUUUUUCCAGAGCCCAGUCCCUCCCCAACCCAAAGCUGCUGCGCCUGCUGAUGAAGAGGAGGAGGAGCUGAGUUUAAAAGGACAGCCCCCUCCUGCUCCUCUAUUCGGUGAUGAAAGUGAUGAAGACCUGGAUUGGCUGGGCUGAUGUGACCCGCACAUAAUCGAGUGUUAAAACACCAGCGCCUGACGUCAGACAACUGUCGUGAAGUGUACCAGAUAAAUUCUGAUGUGAGAGAAGCGUGUUUGGACGGCAGAGGACAUUCAUUUAUGGGUUUUUGAUGGUUUGGAGACAUCGUUUUUCUACUCAUGAAUUUAAACAGCACUGAAUGAUGAGUUUUGUGGAGGUAUGAACUGAUUGCUGCUUAUUAAACUGCACAUGUUAAAUUGAAUCUUAGAAAUCAUCUCUCAAAUCUCCAAAUACUGUCAAUCGUAGUAGUUGGUUUUCUUUUUUUAUGUUAAUUUAUGAUUUAGUGUUUCCUUCUUUAAGGUUUCAUGUGUACAACUGAUGUUGUUAGCUUGCUCUUUCAGAAUGGUUCUUAAUAUUUUUACAUUUAUUGUGCUAACAAGAGUCAGUAGCAUAUUAAUAAAGUAAUUAAUAAGGCC